ACGCUGUUGUACUGAAAAUAUUUUUUUGUGUGUCAUUUAAUAGCUCUGACGGAAAAAGUCCAUAGUGUAAAAAUAAUAAUUGUAUAGUAAAUUAAAUUGGCAGAAAUUGCCAAGCUGCAAAAAUUAAACACAACAUUUAAUAAACAAUUGUUAAUACAUUAAUAUUUAUAAACCAUACACCUAAUUUAAGAUGACAUCCAUUGCCAAUGAUCAGGACUAUUUUCAAACAUAUAUGGAAAAAUUAGACGACGAUGAAGAUGAGGCGAUAGAUAAUGAAACAAUUCAAGUAGACAUGGCAGAGAAUGAUUGUGUAGAUGAGGAGAACGAUGUAAAGCAUAAUGGUACUAUCAUUAUGGAUGCUGAUGGCAACUAUUAUUUUGAAACAUCGGAAAAAAUGGUUAAGUUGGAGCCUUUAAAAAAAGUAUCAGAGUAUCCUGGGAAAAAGAUUGCUGCAACAGUAACCGCUUCAUCAAAUAAGCGCAAAAUUACAGUACAAGAUGCACCCGUUACCAGGAAGAAAUCGAAAUUUGCAGCCACUAUUAAUAAAGCAAUAAAGAAUGAAGAAAUUGUGGUAAAACCUGUGAAUGAAACAAUUACCUCUGAAAACGGUUAUAAAGAUGAAGUGUACGAGUUCGAUGAAAACGAACAGGAUGUAGAUGAUCCUAGUGAAGAGGCUGAUGCCGAUUAUGAGUCCAAGGGUUUAUUGAAAAAAAUUAAAAAGACCAAAGGAAAUGAGCCACAAUCGUUUGCAUGUAUGUUAUGUCCUUAUCAGUCUGGCAAAAAGUUCUUGCUGUCCAGACAUUUGAAAACACACUCCGAUGAUCGUCCCUAUAAAUGUGCGGUAUGCGAAAGAGGCUUCAAAACGAACGCCUCGCUAUUGAAUCAUCGUAAUACACAUUUGGGCCUUAAGCCGCACGCAUGCAAGGAUUGCGAUAUGGCCUUCACUACCUCUGGAGAGUUGGUGCGACAUGUGCGAUAUCGUCAUACUCACAUAAAACCCCACAAAUGUAGCGAAUGCGAUUACAGCAGUGUAGAAAUGAGUAAAUUACGGCGUCAUAUGCGCUGUCACACCGGUGAACGGCCCUAUCAAUGUCCCCAUUGUACAUAUGCCUCACCCGAUACCUUCAAACUUAAGCGGCAUAUGCGUAUACACACAGGCGAGAAGCCAUAUGAAUGUGAUAUUUGUCAUGCUCGUUUUACCCAGUCAAAUUCUCUGAAACAUCAUCGUCUUAUACAUUCUGUCAACGAAAAACCUGUUUUUCAAUGUCAUCUAUGUCCGACGACUUGUGGGCGUAAAACUGAUUUACGUCUGCAUAUAAAGAAAUUACACAGUUCUGAUCAGCCAAUAACCUGUAAACGUUGUGGCAAAGAUUUGCCCGAUCGUUAUUCGUAUAAGAUGCAUCUGAAGACACACGAGGGUGAAAAAUGUUAUCGUUGUGAAUAUUGUCCAUAUGCCUCAAUUUCGCAGCGGCACCUGGAAUCGCACAUGUUUAUACAUUUGGAUGCCAAGCCAUAUGUAUGUGAGAUUUGUCUAAAUCGUUUUCGACAGAAAGCACUGCUAAAUCGUCAUAUAAAAAUUUAUCAUACGGAAAAUUAUGAACGGCCACAACAACGCAAAAAAGAUCACAAAUGUCCACAUUGCAAUAAAAUGUUUGCAUUCAAUGGGAAUCUUAUGCGGCAUAUGGAAAUCCAUGAUCCCUCAUCACGAUUGUUUGAAAAGAAAGCAGAGUUGAAAAUUGGACGCAUGAAACGAGUUCAGCCGGAUGGUAGCGUUGUAACAGUGCCAAAGAAUGUACCGAAUUUGUUCAAGAAUUGUGAUGACUACAUGUAUGAAGAAACUGGGGAACAACAACAAGUUGACGAUGAGGAAAUACCAGAAGAGGUAUAUGAGGAAGAAGAAGAAGAAGGAGAGUACACUGAAGACAAUAUUCAAUAUGUGUAUGAUGAAUUGGAAGCUGAUGAGUAUGAAGAACAGGAAGAAUACGAAGAGCAGCUGGAGGAAGGAAGUGAUGAAAUAAGCUCUAUAGAUGUUAAAAUGGAAAAAAUAGAAACAAUUGUUUCACCGCAGCCAGCACUUAAGCAAUCCACAACCGUUAAGGCUGAAGACAAUGAGGCUGCCGAAGACUUCUCUUUGGAAGUACAUGAUGAUCAAGGUUUUAUGGUUAUAGAAGUUCUACCAGAAGAAGAUGAUGAACAACCACAGCAAGUUGUACAACAGGUACAGCCACAGCCAUCUCUAGUUAGAUCUACAGCUAUUAAUAAAAAGGCUAAAAAAGACACAACAGUUAUAAAGUCGCAAAAAAUCGCACAACCUUUAAUUUCAGAUUAUUUUGGAUUUGAUGUUGACGAAGAAGAUGAGGACUUAGAACCCAAGGGAGCUAUUAAAAUAUUGGAUAUGAUUGAACAAGAGUAAAUUGUUUGUUUCAAUUGCAGUGUUUUUUCUUCUAAUUACAUACGUUUUGUUAUAGUCUCAGGUUUUAUUUAUUAACGAUUCAAUAUGGUUUUUAGUAAUAAAAAUUAAUAAAUGUGUGUCUAAUACUCUUAAGCUUCAAUAUUUUUUAUUUAAUUUGUUUAUAAUUGAAACAUUAUAUACAUAUAACGAUGAUAAUCAUUAUUUGAUCAUUUCUACUAUUAUUUGAAAUAAAAAGAUUUAAAUACCAGCAUAAAA